AUGAGCUCAGGAAAGAUGGUUGGAUUUUCCAAAGAAAAGAGUGCUAUGAUUAUUUUUAACUCUGUUAUUGAAUACAUUCUAAACAAUUCAACAAAUAUCAAGCAUAUUCGCUUUACCAAUCUUGAUAAAUCUAUUUCUGAAGUUUUCACAAAUCUCCUUAUCAAUUUUUAAAAAAGAUAUGUAUAGGUGCUUGCUUCCUAAAGAAUGUAACAAGAAAUCAUCAUUCCGAGAUACAGAGUAUCAUUAGAAUCUAAUUCAUCUAAUUCUUCUGCAAGAAAUAGUUAUGAAUAAUGA